AUGGACAAGAGUAAGAGAAUUGCAACCAGAUGGAAGUGUGAGUGUUGGGGAAGACCCGACAUGAGGGCUAGGAGGAAAGCUAAGAAAAGGGCAAAGGCAAUGGGGGUUGGAGGUUCAGGUGGAUUAGUUGAUGGUGUUCAUGAGGUAUACAAGGAAAGGCGAUUGAAGCUGGUAGGCGGUGGUGCAGUGGGAAUGAUGGAGUACUUUAAGAAAAUGCAAUCCGACAACCAAAAUUUUUUCCAUGCACAACGUUUGGAUGAAGAGGGGAGGCUUAAGGACGUCUUGUGGGUAGAUGCAAGAAGCCGGGUAGCUUAUGAGGACUUUAGGGACAUGUACAAUUUGUCAAGAGUUUUUUUUCUUAUGAUUAAGUUGUGCAAAUCACCAACAAGCUACCAAGAAUUCAAGAACCCUCUUAAAGAGGUUGUGUAUGAGAGUUUUCCCCCCGAGGAGUUCCAAGAGCGAUGGGCUGCACUUAUUUCUGAGUACAAGUUGGAGGACAACAAAUGGCUGGAAAGCCUCCACAAAGAAAGUCAUAUGUGGGUACCGGCAUACAUGAAAGAGUUCUUUUGGGCCGGCAUGAAGACCACGCAAAGGGUGGAGAGCAUCAAUUGGUUUUUUGACGGCUUUGUGAACCAUAACACCAAAUUGUUUAAGUUCCCACAAAAAUAUUGCAUUGCGUUGGGAAAAAGGGUUCGCGAUGAGGUUAGUGCAGAUCAACGAUGCUCCAAGUACUUGAGGAGGUUGGUUAGUGGGUUUAAAGUUGAAAAGUUUUUCCAAAAGAUAUACACCGACUCCAAGUUUCAAGAAGUCCAAACGGAGUGUUCGAGAAUGAUGUAUUGCAACGUCUGA